CAAUUUUUUGUUUUCAACUGAGCUCACUCAACUUUGUACUAUACAGUAGAAAUCAAAUUUUUUUCCAUAUCGGUGAACGUCCUCCGUAUCCAGCUCCUCCGUAUCAGCAAGUCGUAUCAGCAACUCCUCGUAUCAGUGUCCUCCGUAUCAUCGAGCGUCCUAGCUCGCCGAUUAUAUUACAUAUCGCAACGAGGGUAGGGAUAAUAGUUUCGACACCAACUGGAUCACACUCGCCGUACGGUAGAUAUGACUUCCGGUCUUCACAAUUUUCCGAAGAUCGAGCUCCACGCCCAUCUGAAUGGAAGCAUACGGGAAACUACUCUCUUUGACCUUGCUGAGGAACGAAAUAUUCAACUGAACGAAAGCUUUUUCAAUGCUUCGCCAUCCGAGAUCACUCAUGGUAUAGGUGACUUCGGAAGUAAUGAUCGAACUGGUUUGAUAYAUAACAAAMAACAUCGCUCACUUGUUGAUUGCUUCAACAUAUUUGCCGAGAUCGGAAAAGUGGUAAUAGAUUUGGAGGCCAUAGAACGGAUUACAAGGGAAGCACUGGAAGACUUUGCAAAAGAGAGCGUGGCGUAUUUAGAGUUGCGGUCAACGCCGAAGCGACUGCUCCCGGCACGUCAGUGGUGCGACGAGACGUUCUCUUUGGCAUCAGUGGCAAUCGAAGACCUUGCCACAAAACGCCAGUACUGCGAGAGAGUCAUAAAUACGAUCAUCAAUUUUCAAAAUGAGGAGGAGGAACGUUACAGAAAGGAAUUGGAAACGUCGAAUUCACUGAAGGACUUGAAUAGCCAACGUCUUCCAAUGAUGGCAUGCUUUAUUGUGAGCGUAGAUCGAUCCAAUCCUGUCGAUCAAGGAUUUGAAAACAUUGAUUUGGCCAUCGAACUAGCAAAAGAAUAUCCUGGUGUAGUGGUCGGUGUUGAUCUUGGAGGGAAUCCAUUAAAACGCAACUUUMWUGAGUUUCGGGAUUGUUUUCAAAAGGCUCGUCAGAGCGGGUUGCUAUCGGUCACUCUGCAUUGUGCAGAAGUACCCUGUACUGAUGAUGAUCAAGGUAGUGCAGCAUAUGAAGAUGCAUUGUCGAUUCUAAAGUUUGGCCCUGAUAGAGUUGGUCACGCUUUGAUUUUGCCACCGUCCUUACAGCAGAUAUUAGCCAAAUCGGGCAUUCCGGUCGAAACCUGUCCUACCAGCAAUGUUAUGACUACGGAGCUGGUAGAAAAGAGUUCUGGUGGAAGUCUCGCUGAAGGAGUCAAGCGACAUCCCCAGCUUCGGCAGUGGCUCAAAAACAAGCAUCCAAUUUGCAUAUGCACCGAUGAUCCUGGUGUAUUCAACACGAACGCAACUCAAGAGUUUCUGUUAUGUAAGACUUAACAUACUGUUGGGAAAAGAACCYUGUGGACAAGACGUGGAGAUAGUUUUCAAUUGCUCACUUCGAGUUUGCUCUUGUUCCUUUAUCAAUGAAAACAUUGACUGGUUUAAUUCUAAUUCAGUGCAAGAAGCAUUUUUAUUAGAGAAUGAUCAUUUCAAGGAGAUAGUUAUGAAUACAGUUGAUUACUCAUUUGCUAAGGAAGAAACCAAGGCAACUCUGAGAAAAAGAAUAAGGGACAAACUUCUCGAAUUAAAAUUAUGAAAGUUGUACUGGCGUAAAUUGCAUCAGUAAGUACGAAGUACCGUACWGUUGUAAGUAUCUUAGUAAAGUGAAGAAGUAGUUCUGAACAUCUCAGAUGAAGGUUGAUCAGAUCGUCAUGAGGGGGGGGGGGGUGAUACAUAUUUGAUGCUGGUGUUGGCAUUCUAUCUGGAGUUAAAAGUAUUCAGGUGCUACAUACUAAAUCUUCGACAGGCAUCCUUUUUUAAAAUCCUGUUCUAAGGGUUGCAUCAACGCCUUGGCUUGAUCCMUUUGUACGAACAAAAGUAAUGGUAACGGCAAACACUGGAGAGUUGGAGCUUCAGAAAAUGAAACCAAACAAUUGUUGGAAGUAUUAAAUUUGAGAUCUUUAAAAUAUGAAGUACUGGUAGAGGAACGAAUUGCACGAACAGGUAGUAAUCCAAUCGUUCGAUAUAUUUUGACUGUGUUACACUUUCAACUUUUCAAAGUUGAUAACGAGAAGGUAAUCGUACUGAAAAAAUGUUAAUCCAACCAUUGUUUGAAAACAGUAACUUGUUGGGAAUCGUCAAAUCAUCUUCCUACGUAAAAACCAAAUGUUGUGACGCCACGAGAGUAAACUUGAUGGAAGAUCUUGGUGGAACAUCUCUGUGGCUUAGACUGGUACCGAAGGUCCAGAAGAUCCAGCAGGUGGCGCGUUAUCAAACUCUACAUUGACAUAUUCAUCCGAUUUUCCGGUCAAUGAAUCAAUUUUGAGUUUCUUGAUACGUUUCGAUGUCCACGAGACGAAGACAAUUGAUUGCAACAGACCGAAGAUGCACGUCAAAAACAGGAGUACAGCUCGUUGUCCAUAAAAUCCAGUUUCCUCAAUUUCGCGUCCUUCCGUUYGGAUGGUGUCCUCACUUCCGACUAGGAGAAUGAUGGUCACAAAGCAGCAAUUUGCAAAUCCAAGGAGGAUCACACGCAAUUUCUCAAGCUUAAUCACAUUCGUUCCGCAAGUAUUUCCUACGUAGGCUAUACAGGCGAGGAGCGCAAGUGACCAAAGAUAGACGAAAAGAACAGCACGACUCUCUUCCUCAGGCUCUCGUCCCUCGCGUUCGCCCCAAAUAUCUGGAAAAAGAAAAGAAUUGAAAUAAACGCAUUGAAAUGAA